AUGGUCCAUGGCUUGUCUGCUCUCCGACGAGCGCCAGUCCACCAUGUCUCGGCCCGGCAACUGCUAACCUCACCUUUGAUCGCAUUCGCACAUGGCCGCCUACCCCAAUCACAGCUGCUAGUUCGCAGCCUGCAGACACAAAAAUGGGAACCCCUUCGCCCCAUCAACCCAGCCGAUCUGCCCAAACCACGGCCGCGUAAGAUCAAACCGCCCUUUACACGGCGGAGAUGGGUGCGCCGUCUCGCCGUCGUUGCAGCGUUGCUGGGAGCCGGCUUCCUGCUCGACCGCCAAUUCUACGCCUCGUCGGUGACGCGCAGUCUGCGCACGUUCAAGACCGGGCUUGUGAUUGGGCUUGAUUAUAAAAUCAACUUUCGACCCCAUCCGCCGUUGGCGGAGAGCAUUGAGGCGUUGCAUCUGCGGAAUGCGCAGCGGAUCUUUGAGUUGUUGCGGUACAAUGGCGGACUAUAUCUCAAGAUUGGCCAGGCGAUUGCCAUGCAGAGCGCGAUUCUGCCGCCAGAGUUUCAGAGGAUGUUUGCUACCAUGUUUGAUGAUGCGCCGCAGAAUGAGUGGUGGGAGGUGGAGCAAGUGAUUCGCGAGGACUUUGGCAAGAGUGUCGAGGAUGUGUUUGGCGUUGGCUUCACGUUGGAUGGGACGGGCGAAAGAGGUAUCAUGGAGAAGACGGCAAGGGCUAGCGCAAGUGUGGCUCAGGUACAUUGGGCAAGGCUUGCAGACGGCAGGGAGGUGGCCAUUAAGAUUCAAAAGCGAGAGAUUGCCAGCCAAGUCGGAUGGGAUCUGUGGGCUUUCAAGGUCGUCGCCAAGGCAUAUACUUGGUGGUUCAAGAUCCCACUCUACACCCUGGUGCCCUACGUGUCCGAGCGUCUGAUGUUGGAGACUGAUUUCGAGAAUGAGGCGGAUAAUGCCGAGGAGAUGAAGCGGCUGGUAGCUGGCGAGCGCAGACUCAAUGGCAGAGUCUACAUUCCCACCGUUUACCGGGAGCUCUCGAGCAAGCGGGUGAUGACGGCCGAGUGGAUUGAAGGCGUACGCUUAUGGGACAAAGAAGGCAUCACCAACGAGUGGCAGGGUGGAUGGCGAACGGGAAGCCCCGGUGCAGGAGGAAAGCAACUCCCACCCAUUCCACGAGACAACACAAGAGUCGACACACAUGUACCAGACGAUGCGACCAAGCACGACUUCUUCAAACCUGACCGCAAUUCCUGGCGCGGCCCCGAUGGCAAAGGUGGCCUCGGCGUCUCCCUCAAGACCACCAUGAACACCAUCGUCGACCUCUUCUCCGCCCAAAUGUUCCUUUGGGGCUCCGUCCACUGCGACCCCCACCCAGGCAACAUCUUCAUCCGCCGCCUGGCCAACGGCCAACCCGAAGUCGUCCUCAUCGACCAUGGCCUCUACAUCCGCAUGGACCCCACCUUCCGCCACCAAUACGCCCUCUUCUGGAAAUCCCUCCUCGCCUUCGACAACACCACCAUCCACGCCAUCGUCAGCAGCUGGGGCGUCCAACACGCCGACAUCUUCGCCUCGGCAACCCUCAUGCGCCCCUACCAAGGUGGCGACCAAACCGUCCUCGCCGAACUCCAAAAACCAAUCCCCGGCUCCGACCAAGCCGCCCGCGCCUUUGAAGUCCAGGCCAAAGGCCGCGACGCCAUCAAGUCCAUUCUCGCCGACGACGCCAAAUUCCCCCGCGAACUCGUCUUCAUCGGCCGCAAUCUGCGCAUCGUCCAGGGUAACAACCAAUUCCUCGGCUCCCCGGUCAAUCGCAUCAAGAUUACGGGCCUUUGGGCCUCGCGCGCCCUUGUCGAGGAUCGGGGACUCGAUGCGGCGCAGCGGUGGGCGAAUUGGCUUCGGCAUGUCCGGUUUCGCUGUGUGUUGGCGUUGAGCGAUGUUUUAUUUUUUUGGAGCAAGGUGAGGCAGUGGGUUGGGGUUGGUGGGGGGAUGGAGGAGGAGAUUGAGGCGCGGAUGAGGGUUGUGGCGAGGGAUUUUGGGGUCCAGUUGAAUCAUGCGGUUUUUGAGGGGUGA